ACCAGGCGCCGUAAAGGUCGAGAACCCAAACAUGCACACGGUUUAAGCGUUGGAAGGCGCCGGUGCAUUAAAAGGCGCGUUACCGAACAUGCAUGCCCUUUAAUCUCUGUAGGUCGCAAAUGCAUUAAAAAACGAGCAGGCGCAAAACCGGUUGGUUUCGUCUGCGAAAGGAAGAGGAAGAAGAGAAGGAAGCAUGGGAUCUCGCAAGCGAUUGGUAAGUCAGAGGUUCGACUCGCCUUCGGAUCCCGAAGACGAUGAGUUUGACGGAGAAAUCGAAGAAAAUGGAGAGCUGGACGAGUUUGAGGAGUUCGAAGAAUUUGAAGAGAAUUUGUUGAAUGACAGUGAGGAGGAGGAGGCUGUCGCUCCCCCGCGCGUGUUCGAGCCGCAUCCCUCUCCUGAUCCGGUAAAGGCCGAGGAGUUUGACAAGCCUGUUCGCGUCUAUGCCGAUGGGAUCUACGAUCUGUUCCAUUUCGGCCACGCACGAUCUCUCGAACAGGCCAAGAAAUCGUUUCCAAACGUGUAUCUGCUAGUAGGAUGCUGUAGUGAUGCAGUCACACAUAAAUAUAAAGGGAAGACUGUGAUGACUGAGGCCGAACGCUAUGAAUCUCUCCGGCAUUGCAGAUGGGUUGAUGAAGUUGUGCCAGAUGCUCCCUGGGUGAUUACAAAUGAGUUCUUGGACAAGUACCAAAUUGAUUAUGUUGCUCAUGAUGCUCUUCCAUAUGCUGACGCAAGUGGUGCUGGCAAGGAUGUUUAUGAAUACAUAAAAUCAAUUGGAAAGUUCAAAGAAACAAAGCGCACUGAGGGUAUCUCAACAUCCGACAUCAUAAUGCGCAUGCUAAAAGAUUACAAUGAAUAUGUGAUGCGGAACUUGGCUCGUGGGUACACACGGAAGGAGCUUGGAGUUAGCUACGUAAAGGAAAAGCAAUUGAGGGUCAACAUGGGCAUAACUAAAUUACGCCAAAAAGUUAAGGAGCACCAAGAACGGGUAGGGCAAAAGUUACACACUGUUGCCAAAACAGCUGGAAUGCAUCAUAGUGAGUGGGUUGAAAAUGCAGAUCGAUGGGUUGCUGGAUUUUUAGAAAAGUUCGAGGAGGGCUGUUAUUUAAUGGAAACAGCAAUCAAGUCUCGGAUUAAAAGGGGUUUGAUGACGGAGCAGUUGAAAAAACGAGCAUCUUCAAAAAUGCUUGCUAGCUCAUUGCAACAAGUAUCGUAAAUUAACUUGUUGUUAAGGGACUAUAACACUUGUAACUAUGGACACUUUAUUCAGGCUUGAAAGUUUAUAUAGCAUAACUCUCAGUAUGAUGGGCUGAAAUAUGGAUCUAUGAAAAUUUUUAAAUUUCCAUAGGUCAGUCCAAUAGAUGCAAUUUAGUUUUUGUGUAUUUGUUUUAUCCUUGCGGCUUUUGAAGGUUUCCAACCUGAUUUAUUUAGUUACUCUUCCCUUAUAUCAAAGCUUUCUCCUGUUGAACACAAAAUGCUGUAGUGAAUUUCAGUGUACAAAGGCAAUGUAUAAUAUAUUUGUCAAAAUCAUUUGCUUGCA